AUGGGCAACGAACUUGCAGAAACCUACGACCACGAAGGCAGACCCGUAACGCACGGCAGAGUCCGCGUCAACGGAAUCCGCCUGCACUACAUCACCUCCGGCACGGGUCCAGCACUCCUCCUCCUCCACGGCACACCCAAGAACUCCUUCUACUGGUAUCGUCUCUGGCCGUUACUAUCUCAACACUUCACACUCGUAGCACCAGAUCUCCGUGGCUUCGGAUACACCGACAAGCCUCCCAGCACAGAUGGAUACGACUCAAAGGAGCAGGCUGCAGAUGUGGCAGAUCUGAUGACGCAUCUUGGGCAUGACAAGUUUCAUGUUCAUGGUGAGGAUCGUGGAGCGGAUUAUGCCUAUGCUGUGGCUGGACUUUACCGAGAUCGGGUGUUGAGUUUGAGCUUCUGUGAGAUGUUGUUGAGCGGGCUGGGAUUGGAGGAGAGCAGUUUCUGGACCAGGGAGAAUGUUACUGCGCAGUUUAGGGAGGAUGGUGUUUGGUGUUGGCAUCUCGGCUUCUUCGCCAUCCCCCACAUCCCCGAAAUGCUCAUAACCGGCAAAGAAUACGAAUUCUGGGAGAUGUUCAUCAAGCAAGAAUGCUACAACCCCGCCAACAUCGAGCCCAAAGCCCUCAACCACUGGAUCGAAUGCGUCAAGCAACCUGGAUGUCUCCGCGGGAUCCUAGAAACAUAUCGCGCCGGUUUCAAGAAUGGCGAUAUUAACCGGGAGCUUGCCAAGACGCCGUUGGAGAUUCCGGUUAUGGUGGUGGGAGCGCCGGAGUUCUUUGGGCCGAAGGUCGAGGAGUGUGCGUUGAAGUUUGCGAGGAAGGAGAAUAUUAGAAAGAGUGAGAUUUAUCGCAAGUGUGGGCAUUCGUUGGCGUUAGAGCAGCCGGAGAGGUUGGCGAGGGAUUUGAAGGAGUUUAUGUUGGGGAAGAAGUAG